AUGCCAUGCGGACAUGAUUACUGCUCUGACUGCCUACAAACAGUCGUCAUCAACGCCCUUGUCGAUGAAGCUUUGUACCCACCUCGAUGCUGUAGACAGCCCUUCGAUAUGGAUUCUAUGCGACCAUUCCUACCCCCAGAAAUAAUCAGUGGUUUCCACCUCAAGAAGACCGAGUAUGGCACCAGCAAUCGAAUCUACUGCUCGAAUGCAAUCUGCUCGUCUUUUCUUUAUCCUGACAACAUUGCUGGCGACAAAGCGAAGUGCCCCCUAUGUUUCACUUUGACCUGUACAAUCUGUAAAGCUCCAGCCCACAUUGGAGACUGUCCUCAGGAUGGUGCUCUUCAAGAAGUCCUGAGUUCGGCUACCGGAGAAGGCUGGAAGCGCUGCGGAAAUUGCAAAGCGAUGGUUGAGCUUCGCACGGGUUGCAAUCACAUCACUUGCCGUUGCAAAGCCGAAUGGUGUUACGUUUGUGGUGCUACAUGGAAAAGGUGCCAAUGUCCUCAAUGGCAAGAGGCUAUGUUAUUGGAGCGAGCUGCACGUGCAGCUGGAAAUGCUGAGGGACAAUUACCUCAAGCACCAGCCGUCGUUCCUGCCCAAUUGGUUGCCCCCGCUCCAGCUCCUGUCGUUCCUGUUCCGGCUCAAAUAGCAACCGCACGCCAUCAUGUCCUUGCUCGCCACCAUGAUUGCGAUCACGACAACUGGGUGAAGGAAUGGGGUGAAAGUUCAUGUGAUGAAUGCAGAAGGGACUAGCAGCAGUAUCUUUUCCGCUGCAC